AAAUCUAUGAAGUUCCUUCUUGUGAUUAUCCUUGUCUAUUUUUCUGCUGAAAGCGCCUACAAAAUCUGGUGGUUCGUCUCAGGAGCCAAAGAAAUUCCUUAUUUUGGGAAUCGGUAUCUAAGUUCCACUAUCUUGUGCAUGUUUGAGCUCUUUUCAUGGCUUUACCGAACCACAAUAAUCUUCCUCGCAUGCGUUUUCUUCCAAAUCAUGUGUUAUCUGCAAAUCCUAAGACUCGAAGAUUUUGCUCGAGUUUUUCAGAAAGAAACUGAUGUGGGUUCAAUCCUGAUUGAUCAUUUGAGUAUCAGAAGACAUCUUCGGACAAUAAGCCACAGGUUUCGACUAUUUAUAUUGCUAUCUCUAAUUUUAGUCACAGCAAGUCAGCUCAUUGCCCUCCUCAUGACAACCAGAUCCAAUGCUCAUGUCAACAUUUUCAGAGCCGGGGAACUCGCGUUAUGCUCUAUAAGCAUCCUCACGGGGCUUUUCAUAUGCCUGCAAAGCGCGACAAAAGUGACUCACAAGGCGCAGUCAAUAACAGGGCUCGCUGCAAAGUGGCACAUCUGUGCCACUAUAAACUCUUUCGACCACUUAGAUGGUGAGACUCCGACCGCGCAGGUGGCUUCAGGUCAAGUUUUUCCUUUGGAUGCUGAGUCAGAAUCGGAGGACGAAUCAGGGAGCGGAGACGAUGAUUUGAAUGACACCGAGUUGAUACCAAUGUUCACUCACACAAUCUCGUUCCAAAAGAGGGAAGCUUUAGGUUAG